GUCGUCACUCGUCAGUAGCAAGCAAAACGCGUUAUCGUGAGGUUUCUUCGUUAAAUAGUAUAUGAAAAAACAUUUUUGUGCCGGUUCGAUGUUUCCUCGGUUUUAAUUUUUUCUUACAGUAAAAUUGUUUCUAAUAUCGAUCCAUGAAACGAUGACUUGUAACCUUUAUAGUGAUUAAAAUUAACACUUUUGAAUUAAUUAUUGGUGUCGUUGGAAAAAGGCGAAAACAUGGAUGAAUUUUAUGAUUUUCGACACGAACUUCGCAAUUUACCAUGGAGACUGGUGGAGCAAAUGGAACCACCUCCAUUCAAAACAUUCCGUUCCGAGUUCCAUAUGAGCAGCACAAACGAACAUUCUACAACUUACACUUCCACCACGCAUUAUUCCAAACAAUAUAUUCAAACAAAAUCGACAAAACGUGACUAUGAAACCACGGAAACUGAUAAUAUCACGAACGGGAAAUCACCUCCCGAUAAAUACACAACAACCACACACAUUACCCAGGAACCGAUCCAUAAUUAUAGUAUGCAAUUUAGCGAGAUUAAAUCGUUAAAACGUGUACAUAAAGUACAUGAAGGUAUCGGUACUGAUACUAUCAUAGAUAGCCCGGGAAUUGUAAAUCCUUUUACCGGCGAAACGAUGACGGUUCAAGAUGCCAUAGCAUCUCGUAUUUUGGAUGUAAGAACCGGAAAAAUUCUCGCUUCCCCCGAUGGUACACAAAUAACCAUCGAAGAAGCGGUUACAAGAAAAUUAAUCGACGAGAAAAUCGCCCAAAGAUUGUAUUCGCCUUGCGGUGUACAAGAAGAAGGAAGAAAUUUGACUCUUUUAGAAGCGAUUCAAAGAGAGAUUCAAGGUGCCGAACAAGCUUUUGUUGAUCCAACGGAAAAAAGAUUAAAGGUAAACCACGCGACGAGUAUAGAUCAAGCUAUUAACGAUGGAAAGGUGGAUUUAAAUACCGGAACGUACAGAUUAGAAUCCGGCGAAUUAUUAACGACGAAAGAGGCGUUUGAGAAAGGCUAUUUGUACACAACCCACAGGGAGUUUAAAUUAAAAACCGGUGCAAUUAGUUUAUACGAUGCAAUUAAUCAGGGAUUGAUCGAUGAAAGAACCGGUUGGAUAGUGGAUCGUAAUUCCGGUAAUAAAUAUCAAAUUGACGCCGCUGUUAGAACGAAUUUAAUCGACGGCGAUAUCAGGGAAAUUAUCGAUCCGAAAACUGAUACGAAAAUCACCGUUAUACAAGCUUUAGAAAAAGGAAUUAUUAAUCCCAAACUUGCCAAAUACAUUUACUCCCACGAAAAAUUACAAUUUUUAGAAGCAAAACGUCGCCAAUUUAUCGUAAAACCGAUGACAUUAAAAGAUGUGUGCGAUUUAAAUCUUAUAAACGAAAACGGUUUUAUAUCAUCGCCGUUACAUCAAAAAUAUUUAACUUUAUUAGAAGCUAUAUCCCACGGGGUUAUCGAUUCAAAUUCGGUUAAAUCAAUUUUAAACGCAAAAACGGGAAAAUAUGUUACAUUAAAUGACGCGUUAGCUUUAGGAAUAAUUCUUCCCGAUUCAAAAUUCGUUGACACAGUAACCAAUGAAGUUAUCAGUAUUAAGGAUGCGGUUAAUCGAGGGUAUAUAGUUUCGGUUGCGCAAAAAUCAAUUUUUGAUAUCGACGGGUUUCAACCCCCAGAUAAAUCUGAGUAUAUUUCGUUUAAUUCGGCGAGUUCUAAAGGUUUUAUUAGCGUGAAAGAUAACGGCAGUUUAGUUACUAAUUUAAAAAGUGGUAAAUUAAUUUCUUUUAGCGAUGGUUCGAAAUCGGGGGAGGUUAAACCGGAAGUUUUUGAAAUGUUAAAUUUGAAUAUAGGCGUAUUUGAAGAGGGACGCGAAUUAAGUGUCAUUGAAGCCGUUUUUAAGGGGUAUAUAGACCCGAAAACUGGGAAUUUUAUAGAUAUUAAAAAGAAUAAAAUUGUGCCUUUAAACGAUGCUAUUGCUCAGAAUUUAAUUACAGCUGAUGGUGCUGCUUUGUUAAAUUCUAUUUUAACUAUUAAUGUAACGACGCAAACUACUAGUAAGUUAGUGCAAAGAUAUGUUACUUUUAGUAGUACAAGUAAAGGUGAUUAUUCUCAAGGGAGGUUGUCUUAUACGGAGGCUUUACAAAGAGGUUAUAUCGAUAAUAGGACGCAAACUUAUGUUGAUCCGGAAAGUAACGAAAUUAUUCCUUUGGUUCAAGCGAUAAAUGAUGGUAAAAUUGUUCCGGAUACGGAGAAAGUCCCGAAAAAUAUUACAGCUUCGAUAAAAUCGCAAGAAUUUAUUCAAAACGAACAAAAUAGCAGUUACGAAAUCCCGCGGGAUGGUUGGUUGCUAAAAGAAGCGAUUGAUAGGCGAUUAUUUGAUCCAAUCUCGGGUUUAUUCGCAGUUACAGGUACUGAUCGUUUGGUGAGCUUCGAAGAAUGCAUUGAGUUAAAAUAUAUUAAUCCAAAUUCCGCUUUGGUUGUUGAUCCAAAAAGUAAAAGGAAAAUCUCGUUAAUUCGCGCGCUUGAUAAAAAAAUUUUGGACGGAUUAGGUCGGUAUAACUCCCAGUUAAACAUGAAAGAAGCUAUCUCUAAAAAUUUAAUUGUUUUCGAGGAUUUAAAAAUGGAUGAAUCGACGACAUCGAUUGUUAUUAAUAAAAAUUGCAAUUUUGAUGCGGUAAGUUGUAAAAUUAUCUCGAAAAGUGCUCCACCCCAAAGUGUUUUGGAAGCAAUUCAAAAUCAAAUAAUCCCUGAGGAAAGUAUUAAAAUUCAAGACCCUGAAAAUCCGGGGAAAUAUAUUGGGGUAAAUGAAGCGAUUCAUAAAGGAGUAAUCAAAGUGGAUACACAAGAAUAUGUCGAUAAAAACGGGGGGGUUAUUAAAAUUGAUGAUGCAAUAAAAAGUGGGGAUGUUGUUAUUGUUGCGGAUCAAGAAAAAAUUGGGGAAAAAUCAACCAUUAUUAUUAAAGAUCCAAAAACUGGAAAAACUUAUUCCCCGGAGGACGCUCUUAAAAUCGGUUUAAUAAAACCAGAAAAUCUAAAAGAAAUUUCGUUAAAAACCCCAGAAAUAAAAACGAUGAAACUAGAAAGUAUCGAUUUAGAAGAUGGCCCAACCCCAGCCGAAAUAACAAGAAGUAGAGUCACAAUCGAACCAACCUACAAAGUCUCAAUAGGGCGAGUUCAAUCUUUAUCACCAGAUAGAGACGCAAAAAAAGUCGUCCUACAAAAACUCCGCAAAAAAGUAGUUCGUCCUAAAGACGCGUUACAAAAAGGGCUAGUUGAUCCCGCCACAGUUGAACUCCUCCAAAAACCCGCAUCAUACGGAGACGCAAUCAGCCUUCAAGAAGCCGUCGAGCAAGGAAUUAUCGAUGGAGAUCAAGGAAAAAUAGUCGACCCCCAAAGAGGAGAUGUCAUCAACAUAAACGAAGCAAUUUCGAGAGGAAUUUUAGACCCAUCCGGAACAAACGAGGUUUUAAUCCCGCUAAAUCGAAGCUUAUCAAUCCCGGAAUUAUUCGAACAAGGCUUAAUCGAUGAGAGUACAGGAAAAAUCGUUCACCCAGAAACCGGGGCUCAUCUCACUUUACAAGACGCAAUCGCCUGCGAUAUCGUUGACCCGUUAAGCACGAUGAUUGAUCCGCAAGGAAAAACGUUAACUUUAACUCAAGCGAUAGAAAAAAAUCUCGUUGAUGGAACAACCGGAUUUGUAAACACUCAACAAGGCCCGAUUAAUUUAGAAACGGCUGUGAUUCAAAAAGUUUUUGACGAUUGGGAUGGAAAAGAAGGAAUUCCAAAAGCAGGGAUGACGUUCCAAGUUGCUUUGAGCAGGGGAUUAAUCGAUUUGGAUAAGAAAACUUUUACGCAUCCAACGAGUGGUGAGAAAAUACCGAUUGAAGAGGCAGUUGAUGCUAAUUACAUUAUGGCUAUUCCAUACGCGAAGGAUAGUGAAGGUGUUAAUAUUUUGGAUGCUUUAAAUGAAGGUUUAAUUAACGCUGAUAAUGGGACUUUUAAACUAAAAAAUUCCAACGAUAUCAUCCCGGUGUCGGAAGCAAUCGAAAGUGGGUUAUUAAUUAUUAAACCGCAACAAAGCUUAGCCCCAAUUACAACUGUAACAGAAACUGUAACAGCUGUUCAUACUGUAACUACAAAAACGAUCGAAUUAUUAUCGGGGUAUAUUUUAACGAGUUCUAGUGAAAUUCAAAAUGUCUCAACUGGGGAGAUUAUAUCAUUGGAAGAAGCUAAAUUAAAAGGGAUCGUUGGCGAAAUCACCGAGGCUAAAAAUAUAACAACCUUACGAGACAUAAAAAUGUCAUUUUCUGAUGCUGUUAAUAAAGGAUUAAUCGACUUAAAGAAUGGGAUAUUUACGGAUCCAAAAUCGGGGGAGAAAAUAUCAAUUAAAGAUGCCUUAGAAAGCGGAGUUUUAGAAGCAGCCGCUCCGAUGCGACCCGAUGGAUCCAAAACAACCGAAUUAGAUAUAUCGGAAGCUUUUGAAACAAUUUACGACCAAAAAACCGAAAAAUUCAUCGACCCAAUCGAAGGAAAAGAAAUCACGUUUAAAGAAGCCUUACAAAAAGAAAUAAUCGACCCAAACAGCAUAAUUUACGACGUUACCUCAAAACAAUCGAUCACAAUCGAACAGGCGGUUCAAAAAGGUUUGAUCGACGAAAAAACGGGUAAAGUUAAAGAUGAAAAAACCGGAAAAGGAGUUGAUUUUAAAAAAGCGGCUAAAAUGGGACUUGUUGCUAUCGUUGGUGGGUUAGCAGCUCCGGUUAUAGCCCCAGUUUUAGCGGUGAAAGCGGCUAAAGAUUACAUCGAUAAGAAAAAAAGCGAGAUAAAAAAAGAAAAUGAAACAACAACGAUCGAAAACGCGAUAAAACAGAAAAAAAUUAACCCAAAAACGUGCAAAAUCAUUUUAGACGGGAACGAAUUUAAAAUCCAAGAUGGUUUGGGUAAAAAGAAAUUGGAACCGAACGAUUUAAUCGAAAUAAUCGAUAAAAAUAAAGCCGUUUUAAUCCCAUCGCGAAAAGAUGAUACUCAAAAUAAAAUCAUCCCGCUUAAAGAAGCGUUAAAAUAUAUAAAUAAUCCUAAUUUAUUUAAAAUUGUUUAUAAAUCAAAAGUUUUACCUUACAGUUUAGAUGAAGCGUUAAUUAAUAAUAAGUUAGAUCCUAAAGAUGGGGUGAUCAUUAAAGGUAAUAUCAUCGAAAUCGUUCAACCUACACUUAAAACAAUCGAAAUUUUAAGAAUUGAUACGGAAAUAAUUGAUACGGAAAUAAUUAAAACUGAAAUUGUUACAACCCAAAAGAAAAUUAAAGAUGCUAUUUUAAAUAACGAUAUCGACCCGGUUGUUUGCAGGAUAAUUCAUGAAAAUCAAGAAUUUCCUUAUACAAUUCAAGAUGGGUUAAUGCAAGGAUAUAUUUCUCCCGAUAAUUUAAUCGGGGUUGUUUCAAGAAAUCGGGUUAUUUUAUUAAAUGAAGAGCCGUUGGAUAUCGCGGAAUUCGCCCUACAAAAAUUAGAAGAUAAUCGCGAACAAUACGAAUUAAUCCCGGUACAAUCAGCACUUUCAACGGAUAAAGUUAAUUUGGAAACGUGCGUUGUUAUUUUGGACGGUGAGAAAUUAAAUUAUAGCAUUAAAGAAGCCCUCGUGCAAAAAAUAAUUUAUCAUUACGACGCGUUAAGGGUGAUUAAUAAAGAUUUAGUUGUUGUUGUUGAUGAGAAAUUACCGAGUUUAAUUACAGUUUCGAAGGAUUUGACGCCUCAAAAAUUGGCGGAAAUGGGGUAUUAUGAUUUGCAAAGAAAAUGUUUUAUUGAUCCCCACACAAAAGAGCCACUUUCGUUCUAUAAAUUAUUGUUUUUGUUGAACGCUAUUGACCCUGAGACUUUGUACGUUAAAAAUUUAUCGAUUAAAAAGCCGACUUAUGUCACAAUGGAUGAAGCCAUAGAUAUCCCAUUACUCGAUCGCGAAAAAGGUUAUAUGGUGGAUAGAAGAACGGGAAAACACGUCUCAUUUUUUGAAGCUUUAAAAAUAAAAUGGAUCGUGCACAAAAAUGAUUUACCAAAAGAAAAGCGACAACCUUUAACGUUACAAGAAAUCGUCGAUACAGAAAACUUUAAUCUCAAAACGAUUAAAGUUACAAAUCCGGAGAAUGGAAAUGAAUUGUCUUUAAUCGAUUCUUUGAAAUAUAACGUAGUUGACCCACAAUCAGUUACGGUGCGUGAUCCUAAAAAUAUGCAGCUACUCCCUUAUUUCGACGCCGUUGAUUAUCAAAUUGUUGAUCAAAACCGCGGGGUUUUAGUUAAUACAAGUAAUAAGAAAGCCAUCGAUUUCUCAAAUGCUUUCUUAAAAGGUUACGUUCUUGGGAUCCCCCGAGCUAUGUCACUAAAAGGUAUUGUGGAACAAAAAGUAUUUGACCCCGAAACUGAAGCGAUUAUUGAUCCAUUAACGAAACAACAAUUAACGAUACAAGACGCUUUGAAUAGAAACAUUUUAGAUGGAAAUAUAACUGAAAUUUACGAUAACAAAAAUAAAACUAAGUUGCCUAUUAAAGAAGCUUUAGUUGAGGAGAUUAUUUUAGGCGAUACAGGGAGGGUUUUAAACAGAAUUAGUGGGGAAUUAUUACCAUUAAUUGAGGCAAUCGAAAAAGAUUUCGUACAAACAAAACCGUACACAAUUUCUUUAUUAGACGCGAUCCUCCUCGAUUAUUACCUCCCAAAAACGGGCGAAAUUUUCGACCCAAGAACCGGGGCAAAAAUAACCCUCCAAAAAGCGAUCGAAACCAAAUUCAUCGACCCAAACAACACCAAAAUCAAACAAGACGAAACCGACCAAUUCAUCCCCUUAACAGAAGCAAUCGACAAAAAAUUAAUCGACGAUCAAAAAGGAAUCUUAACCAAACCUUCAUUAACAUUAGAUCAAGCUUUAAAAAAAGGCUACAUUUUAAGCACUUCCUUACCAUGGUCUCUCCAAGACACCUUAGCCCUAAAAUUAUACAACCCCGAAAACGGAAAACUCGAAAUCCUUAAUAAAUCGAUCACUUUAACCGAGGCAAUCGAAAAUAACACGAUUAAUCCCGAAAUUUUAACCGUAAAACACCCCAAAUCCGGCGAAAUCAUCACAUUGGGCGAAGCUAUCGCAACGAAUUUAAUCAACCCCGAAAAAGGGGUGGUACUCGAUGAUAAUAACGAAAUUAAUUUAUACGAAGCUUUGGAACGGGGGAUAAUCGUCCCGGCUAAAUCACAAAUAACUCUCCCCGAAGCUAUCUUCAAAGGUUAUUAUAACCCAGAAACCGGAAAAUUUGUUAACACCAAAAACAAAGAAAAACUUAAAACCGAUUCGGCUAUUAAUCGCGGAUUCUUAGACACCUCAUCGACGUUAGUUACGAUUGAUGAAGAUAUGGUUACUUUCGAUCAAGCGAUGAUCGACGGGUUCAUUGACACGGAAAAAGGGAUUUUAUUAAUCGAUAAAAAUCGUCCCCCCAUCGAUUUUAACGAAGCUUUCGAACGCGGAUUAAUGGUUGAAGUAAGAACACCGAUGUCGUUAGUUGAAACAUUAGUGAAGGGAAUUUACGACGAUGAGCGCCAAAUGUUUUUAGAUCCGCGCACCGGGAAUUAUUUAACAUUAAUCGAAGCCAUCGAAAUCGGCUUAAUCGAUUCGGAUUCGGUUUCGGUGAAAGACACAAAAUCGGGCGUUUGGAGAAAAUUACACUUAAUCGACGCGAUUCAUAACGGUUACAUCGAUGGCAACACCGGAAAAGUUAAAGAUUUCUCAAAAUCCGAAGUUGUCGAGCUUAAUUUACAAGAUGCUUUAGCCGUGGGGGUUUUAAUCGAUAAUAAAGCAGCCACUUCGUUACAAAGAGCCAUCCACCAAGGGUUAUACGAAAGCGAAAGUGGGAAAAUAACCGAUCCUAAUUCAAACAGAAAAAUUUCUUUACACGAAUCAAUCAGGAAUUACAUCAUUAAUCCUUUAUUACCGUGUUAUUUCGAUAAAAAAGACUCGACAUUAUUAGAUUUAAACGAAACUUGUCGAUUAGGCAUCAUAGAUAAACGCAAAGGCGAAUUUAUUGACCCAAUAACCAACGAGAUUUUACCCCUAGAUAAAGCUUUAGAUUUAGGUUACAUCGUCGAUAUUGAAACGGCUAAUUUCGGGUUAUACGAAGCGAUUCAAAUGGGGUUAUUCAUCCCGCAAGAAAAUGUUUUAAUCCACCCCGGCACCGGGGGUAAUUUCACUUUAAAAGAAGCUUGCGCGAAAGAUUUAAUUAACCCAAAUCUCUCAAUAAUCAAAGACGUCAAAUCUAACAAAUACAUCAAAUUACCUUCAGCCAUCGAAAACGGCCUCUUAAACGACGAACAAAACAUUUACAACCUCCCAAAUGGGAACGAAAUAAAUUUAAUAGAAGCGAAAGAAAAAGGAUUAAUAGUCACAAUUCAAAAAAAUUUAAGUUUAGAGGAAGCAAUAAAAAAUCUUUUAUAUCGCCCCGAAUCAGGUAAAUUCGUCGACGUCGCCAAUAACACCUUCCACGAUUUAAAAGAAUCAAUCGAAAUCGGUUUAAUCAAUCCAAACACGACCGUUUUAAAAGAUCCAAACACAAACGUAUCAAAACCCUUAAUUUUAGCAAUAACCGAUGGGGCUAUUGACGUUGAAAAAGGUCGCGUUUUAGAUUCAAAAUCAAAACAAACUUACAACCUCGAUAAAGCAUUCGAAAAAGGUUUACUUAUAACCCUCGAUAAACCAAUUGAAAAUCAAUUAAACAAAAAUAUCAUUUCAAAAUUAUCCGCCUCAAAAACACCGAGAGAAUGCACGUUAGAAGAAGCGAUUAAAUUCGAUUUUAUCGACCCGAAAAUCGCGGUUAUUAAAGAUCCUAAUACUGGUAGUUUCAAAAUUGUGGAAGAAGCGAUCGAAAAUAAAAUUUUAGACCCCUCUAAAAUGAUUACUUUCGAGCCGUACGAUAAAUUAAAAUCGUUCGUUGCAAAUUAUGAUCAAACGUUAACUAUUUUCUUAAAAGAGCCGAUUUCUUUAGAACAAGCGAUCGAAAAAGAACACCUCGAUAUUAAAUCGGGUAAAUUCACCGAUCCAUUAUCCAACGAAAUUUUAACGUUAAAAGAAUCGAUCACUCUUGGUUAUAUCGAUCCCGAUACCGGUUUAGUUAAAGAUACCAAUAAAAAGAAAUUGGUUAAACUUCCCGAAGGGUUUAGACGUGGUCUUGUUGAUGCCGAAAAAGGAAACGUUUUAGAUAGUGGUACCUCGAAAUUAUACUCUUUAGCUUCGGCACUCGAUUCGGGGCUUUUGAUGAUCCCGAGAAGAAGUUUUACUUUAACCGAAAGCAUUACUUACGGGUUAUAUAAUCCAACAACCGGUGGGUUUGCAAAUCCUUUCGUUACCACCUCAAUUAUCGAUAGAAAACGCCUAACUUUAUCAGAAGCUAUUGAAGACAAUUUAAUCGACCCAUCUAGUACGGUUAUUAAGUGUUCUGAAACUGGAACUUGUUUACCACUUUUAAAUGCGAUUGAUACCCAAUUAGUCGAUGGAGUUGGUGGUAAAAUUUACGAUAAAAAUGAAGAUAAAAUGAUCGAUUUUAUGAAAGCUCAGGAGAGAGGUUUGAUAUUGCCUGCUGUUGAAAGGCAAGCCGUCGAGGAAAAAUACAAACUUUGCGACGAAACCCUCUCGAAAUUGUUGCAAUGGAUCGAAAUGAUCGAGGAAAAAAUCGCAACCCAAGAUAUCGUUCGCGAAGUUCCCGAGGAAUUAAGAAACCAAAUCAACACAAUGAAGCAAAUUAGAGAUGACCUCGAUCAACAUUCCGGGCAAGUCUCUCACAUCCAAGAUAAAGUUAGACAACUCGUUUUAACCGCUGGUGAUAUCUUAUCGAAAAGCGAAGUUUCAAUGUUGGAGAAGAACGGAAGGAAUUUGAAAACCCGCUAUGAAAAAGCUUGCGAUAGAACCGAUAAACUUUUAAGAAAAUUAGUUACAGCAAGAGAUGAACUUUCAAAACUUAAAGGGGAAUUAACCAAUUUCAGCUCGUGGUUAUCAAAAGCACGAAGAGUUUUGGAAGAUAAAGAGAGAGCUCUUAGCGAUCUUCAACGAUUAGAUACGAGUGUUGAUAGCACGAAAGAAUUCGUGUCGGAUGUCAUCGCUCACCAAGCCGAUUUAAGAUUCAUCACCAUGUCUGCACAAAAAUUCGUCGAUGAGUCUAAGGAAUACUUAAACAUCUUAAACGAUUUCCGGACAACUUUACCAUCGAGGUUACCCCACAUCGAGCCUUUAGCAUCGCAAGAUUCUCCAGUUCGCAACGAAGUGUCUUUGGUAACCCAACAAUACCGAGAUUUACUCCAUCGCGCCAAUAAUUUAUCGGAUCGUUUAUCCGGCGUUGGUGGUCGUCAAAAAGAAUAUGGAGAUGCUUUAAGCAAAGCCCAAGCUUGGUUAAGAGAUGUUGAACCAAGAGUUCACGCUGUUCUCAACGAACCAAUCGCUGGUGAUCCAAAAACUGUCGAAGAUCAACUUCACCACGCGAAAACCCUAAAUAAUGAGUUAGUUGCAAACGGAAGAUUAAUUGAUAACGCAAAACAGGCUACAUCAUCAUUGCUGAACUCAUUAGAAGGACAAAUUUCGCCAUCGGAAAUCGCGAGGUUAGAAGAACCAGUUGUUGAACUCGAUAUGAAAUACACCCAACUUAAAGAAGCUUUGGCUGAUCGUUGUCAAGAAUUAGAUACAGCUUUGGUGCAAUCCCAAGGUGUUCAAGACGCUCUCGAUGGAAUAAUAACGUGGUUAACAAUGGCUGAAAAUCAAUUCAAAAACUUACAAAAACCCGCAUCGUUAAUUCGCGAAAGACUUGAAGAACAACUCAGAGAGCACCGCGUUUUCCAAUCAGACGUCGACACCCACGUUUCUUCAAUCGACUCCGUUUAUUUAUCAGCAAGCGAAUUAAUUUCCUCAACGAGUAACGCUCGAGUUGCGAAAAAAAUCGAAACGAAAUUAAACGACGUUCGAACCCGCUUCGAAAAACUUUACGAUCGCGUCGAAAAACGAGGAGAAUUCUUAAACGACGUUUCCAAACAUCUUUCGGUGUUUACAAGCGAAGCCGACCAAUUUGAAGAGUGGUAUAACGGUGUUAUGGAGAUCAUCGAAUCGAGAGACUUCACCAAGUUAAGCAUUGAAGAGUAUUCAUCAAGAAUGAAAGAUAUCGCUGCAAAUCGAGACGAUAAACGUGCGCUAUUCGAAGAUGUUAUUAAAACGGGAAAAGAUCUUGUUAAUAAACGCGACGUUAUUGAUACUUCUCAUAUUAGAGAUCGCGUAAAAUCGAUGGAAAAUAACUGGAGGGAUUUAAAUAUGAUUUUGGAUGAGAAACAAAAAUUAUCGAAACAACGCGCCGAACAAUUAAACGCUUACGAAUCUUUAAGAGAACAAGUUAAUGAUUGGUUGAGUCGAAUGGAACAUAAAAUAGCCCGUUUAGAUUCUGUAGCUGUUGAAAUCGAAACCUUAAAAAGACAAGCAGAAGAAUUAAAACCGAUCGUUAAAGAAUAUCGCGAUUACUCCACGAUGAUCGAUAAAAUUAAUGACGUUGGAAACAUGUACGAUAGCUUACUUCGUGGUGAUCGUUCCGAUUCUCCAUCAAGAAGAAGACAAUUUAGCCCAACUAAACGCCCCGUUACAAGCCCAUUAAGAAGACCUUCACAAGAUGGAAGAUCACCAUCCCCAACUAAAGGAAUUAGUCCGUUAUCACCAGGUGGUUCAAGCGGAUUUUCAUCGCGUCGAUCAAGCCAGGAUGGUUUCCAUUUAGAAGAUUUAUCCCCAGUACAACAACAACUAUCAGAAAUUAACAAUCGUUAUAAUUUAUUGGGAGUUAAAAUCAGCGAUCGUCAAAAUGAAAUCGACGUCCUCCGCGAAGAACUCAAAAAACACAUGGAAAAUUUGCGCGUUUUAAGCAACUUCUUAGACAAAGUCCAAAGGCAAAUUCCUAAAGAUAUGACGACAAACACAAAAGAAGAAGCCGAUAAAGCCCAACGUCAACUUAAACAAAUUCUUGAAGAAAUGUACGAAAAACAAUCGUUAUUAGACUCGACGAAGAGCCAAAUUAAAGACUUAUUGAGGCGUAAACCGAACGCUUUGGGAACAGAUAACUUAAACGGCGAAUUAGAGGAGGUCGCCGCCCGUUGGAAAGCUCUUAAUGAUAUGUUGAAAGAUCGUAUUAGAUUCACAGAAGAUUUUAAAGAAUUUUUGGACACCCACGAUUCUCUUUCAUCAUGGUUAUCCUCAAAAGAUCGCAUGUUAACAGUUUUAGGACCAAUAUCGUGCGAUCCAAGAAUGGUUCAAUCGCAAGUACAACAAGUUCAAGUACUUAGAGAAGAAUUCCGAUCACAACAACCUCAAUUACAACACUUCUUAGAAGUUGGCGACUCAGUUUUAGCCUUCUUAGGUCCAAACACAAACGAUGGAAGAAAAGUUAAUGAUAAAAUCGGCGUCGUCCAAAAACGAUGGGCCGAACUUUUAGCUAAACUUGAGGAAAGAGCCGAUUCUUUAGGGGCGGCCGCUGAUACAAGCAGAGAAUUCGACGCGCAACUUACACGACUUCGUGAUGGUUUACAAGCAAUUUCCGAUAAUUUAGAUGAAUUACCUUUGGAUAAAGAUCCAGAAGAGCAAUUAAGGAAGGUUGAGAAUUUAGAGAGGCAAUUAGAGGGUCAGCGCCCACUUUUAGCUGAUUUAGAAACAGCUGGGGCUCAACUUUGUGAGGUUCUUAGUGAUCCAGCUUCAAGAGCUGAUAUUCAAGCUAAAUUAGCUUCGGUUGGGCGGCAAUAUAAUGCGUUACAAAAGAAAUUGGAUCAUCGCAAAGCAGAAAUUGAAGGCUCUUUGAGAGAUGGGCGGCAAUUUGAAGCUUCUUGCUCGAAGACUUUGGGUUGGUUAUCGGAUGAGUUGGGAAGUUUAAGUGAAAGAUUGUUGGUGUCGGCUGAUCGCGAUGUUCUUGAGCAACAACUCGCUCAUCACGAACCGAUUUAUCGCGAUGUUUUAGCGAGAGAACACGAAAUAAUCAUGUUGUUAAAUAAAGGGAAAGAUUUAAAAGGAACCAGGGAUAAUCGCACUUUACAAAGGGAUUUGGAUAAGAUCCAAACGCAGUGGGAUAAGUUGCGCAAAGAAACGGUUGAGAGGCAAACGAGGUUGCAAACGUGCAUGGAACAUUGCAAGAAAUAUUACCGGAGUUUAGAAACAUUUUUGCCAUGGUUAAGACAAGCUGAAGAUAAAUUAGACAGUCUAAAACCAUCGUCGUUUAAACGAAAACACAUUGAAAAACAACUCAAAGAAUUACAAUCGUUUAGAAACGAAGUUUGGAAAAGAUCUGGAGAAUACGAAAACACGAAAUCUUUGGGAGAAACCUUCUUCUCAGCUUGUGAUAUCGACAAAGACAUCAUUAAAAACGAAUUAACAAAUUUAAAAUCGCGAUGGGAAAAACUUAACAACGAUUUAAUCCAGCACACCCAAUCCUUGGAAGAUCAAGCGCACAAAUUAAGCGAUUUUAAUGAAAAUUUACGAGAUCUUCAGCACGGCGUUGAAAGAUGCGAAGAUAAACUUGCGUCGCACGAUGCUUUAGGAGGCGCCGCGAGAGAUCCAAAAAUGUUGGAUCGCAUCAAAAAUCUACGCGAAGAAGCCGCAAAUUUAAAGAAACCUUUACAAACUUGCAAAAAUCAAGCAGCCGAUCUUAUCCAUGAAGCGAGAGAAAACCACAUCGACGCUAAUCAUCUCCAAGAUGAAGUUGAUGGUUUAGGCGAUCGCAUUCAAGAUCUCCAAGCGAAAUUAGACGACAGAUGUUCAGAGCUCCAAUCGGCCGCCACCGCGGUUACUCAAUUUAACGAACAAGUUAAAGGAUUAUCUCAAGAUCUUUCCGGGUUAGAAGCCGAAUUAGACGGAAUGAAACCACCGGGUAGAGACUUCAAAACCGUUAAAACCCAAAUUGAAGAUUGCGCUAAAUUGAUUAAGAAGCUCAAUAAAGCAGCUGAUUGUGUUAACGAAGCUAUUUCUUCAGGCGAGCGAUUAGUUGAUAGCGGAUUCGCGCCGGAUACAGCUCAAACAAGAGAACAAGUCAACACUUUGAAUAAACAACUAAAUAAAUUAGAAGAUAGAGCUAAAUCUAGAGAGAAUGAUUUAGACUCAACGAUGAAAAAAUUGGAAGAAUUCUACUUGCUUCACGCCGGUGUUUUGGAUGACGUCAUCGAAGCAAUGGAUCAAUUAAGAAAAUUAAAACCCGUUGGUUCCGAUGUUGAAACAAUCAGAGCGCAACAAGAUGAUUUCAAAAAAUUCCGCGCAAAAAUCGAACCGUUAAGCAGAACCGUUGAUGAGUGUAAUCGCAACGGACAAGGUUUAAUCCAAUCGGCUUCACCAGGAGUUAACACCUCAACCUUAGAAAAAGACCUCGAAAAAAUGAACGAAAAAUGGAACGACCUCAAAGAAAAAAUAAACGAUCGAGAACGAAGAUUAGACGUCGCUUUAUUACAAUCAGGAAAAUUCCAAGAAGCUUUAGAUGGCUUAGCUAAAUGGUUAACCGACACAGAAGAUUUAGUAGCAAAUCAAAAACCACCAUCCGCCGAUUACAAAGUGGUUAAAGCUCAACUUCAAGAACAAAAAUUCCUUAAAAAGAUGUUAUUAGAUCGCCAAAAUUCGAUGUCUUCCUUAUUCAGCAUGGGUAAUGAAAUCGCCAAAGAAGCGGAACCAUCCGAAAGAAAAGCCAUUGAGAAACAACUUAAAGAUCUUAUGGUGAGAUUUGAUGCACUCACUGAAGGUGCUCAACAAAGAACUUUAGAUCUAGAACAAGCGAUGAGAGUUGCGAAACAAUUCCAAGAUAAAUUAAUAUCACUUCAAGAAUGGCUUGAUAAAAGCGAAAGAAAAAUUAAAGACAUGGAAUUAAUUCCGACCGAUGAAGAAAAAAUCCAACAAAGAAUCCGCGAACAUGGUGUUCUCCACAACGAUAUUUUAAACAAAAAGGUUGAUUUCAACGAAUUAACUGAUAUUGCAUCGAAUUUAAUGUCUCUUGUUGGUGAAGAUGAAGCGAUUGCUUUAGGAGAAAAACUACAAGAAGUCACCGAUCGUUAUGGAACUUUAGUUGAAACCAGCGAAAAUAUCGGACAAUUAUUAGCCGAUUCAAGACAAGGAUUGAGACACCUCGUUUUGACUUAUCAAGAUCUCGCAGCUUGGAUGGACAGCAUGGAACAAAGAUUAGGAAAAUACAAAGUAUUAGCAGUCCACCCAGAAAAACUUUUAGGCCAAAUGGACGAUUUAGCAUCUUUAACCGAAGACAUAGCAAGUCGCCAACAAGACGUUGAUAGCACAGUUGACACAGGUGUUGAAUUAAUGCGCCACAUCUCAUCAGACGAAGCACUUCACCUCAAAGACAAAUUAGAUUCCCUUCAAAGAAGAUAUAACGAAUUAACAUCCCGCGGUGCCGAUUUAUUAAAACACGCCCAAGUUAUGUUACCACUAGUCCAACAAUUCCACAACAGCCAUAACCGCUUAGUUGAAUGGAUGCAAGAAGCUGAAGGAAUCCUCCAAUCGGCCGAACCACACGAAGAUGAAAUCGCCAGACUUGAAAUCGAUUUGCAAGAAUUAAGACCUGUUCUUGAAAACAUCAAUUUGGUUGGCCCUCAACUUUCUCAAGCGAGCCCCGGGGAAGGCGCUGCUACAAUCGAAGGUUUAGUAACGAGAGAUAACAGAAGAUUCGAUGCCAUCGCAGAACAAAUUCAAAGAAGAGCCGAAAGGAUUCAUCUCGGAAAACAACGUGCUUUAGAAGUUACCACGGACAUCGACGAAUUACUCGAAUGGUUUAGAGAAGUUGAGAGUCAAAUCCGAGAUGCGGAGAAACCUUCGGCUGAACCCGAUUUAAUUAGAGUACAAUUAAAAGAACACAAAGCUUUGAACGACGAUAUUUCAAGUCAAAAAAGUAGAGUUCGCGAUGUUUUAUCAACAGCUAAGAAAGUGUUACGCGAAAGCCCCCCAAGCGAUGACACUUCAUUGAUAAGAGAAAAAAUGGAAGAUUUACGCGAAAUUAUGGAUACAGUUUCAACUUUAAGUUCUGAUAGGUUGGGCAUUUUAGAACAAGCUCUUCCUUUAGCGGAGCAUUUCAACGACACCCACAGCGUUUUAACCAAUUGGUUAUCAGAUAUGGAAGAACAAGUAUCCAUGCUUUCCAUGCCAGCGAUGAGACCAGAUUUAAUAGCACAACAACAAGACAGAAACGAGAUGUUCGUACAAUCAAUAAACGAACACAAACCACUCGUCGAUAAAUUAAACAAAACCGGUGAAGCUUUGAUUAGAUUAUGCAACGAUGACGAUGGAGCUAAAGUUCAAGACUUCAUCGAUAACUGCAACGAACGUUAUGGUGCUUUGAAAUUAGAAUUACGCGAAAGACAACAAGCGCUUGAAAAGGCACUACAAGAAAGUUCCCAAUUUAGUGAUAAAUUAGAAGGAAUGUUGAGAGCUUUAUCAAACACAGCCGAUCAAGUUCAUAAUCAAGACCCGAUUUCAGCUCACCCCCCAAAAAUAAAAGAACAAAUCAACGAAAAUGAUUCCUUAAUCGACGAUUUAGACAAACGCAAAGAAGCGUACGCCGCUGUUGAAAAAGCAGCCGAUGAUGUCAUCAAUAAAGCUCCAAACAGAGCUGAUCCCGCUAUUAAAGACAUCAAACGAAAACUCGACAAACUUAAAAACUUAUGGGACGAUGUCCAAAACACCACAAAUAAACGUAACAAAUCUCUUAACGACACCCUCGAUGUCGCCCAACAAUUCUGGAGACAGCUCAACGCGGUCAUGGCAACACUCAAUGACCUCCAAGAUUCCCUCCAAAGUCAAGAACCACCAGCAGUUGAACCAAAAGCGAUUCAAAAACAACAAGUUGCUUUACAAGAAAUUAGGCACGAAAUCGAUCAAACGAAACCGGAAGUCGAACAAGUAAGGCAUUCCGGACAAAAAUUAAUGCAACUUUGUGGCGAACCUGACAAACCGGAAGUGAAAAAACAUAUUGAAGAUUUAGAUCACGCUUGGGAUAAUAUUACCGCUCUUUAUGCUAAACGCGAGGAGAAUUUGAUUGAUGCCAUGGAGAAAGCGAUGGAAUUCCAUGAAACUUUAAGAGAUCUACUUGAAUUCUUGAAGAAAGCUGAAGAGAAAUUUAAUAGAAUGGGACCGUUGGGUUCUGAUAUAGAUGCUGUUAAAAGACAAAUUGAGCAGUUGAAGAAUUUCAAAGCGGAAGUUGAUCCUCAUAUGGUGAAAGUUGAAGCUUUAAACAGGAGUUUGAUCAGGCAAGCUCAAGAACUCACCGAGCGUACAUCAGCCGACCAAGCAGCCUCUAUAAAAGAACCACUUUUAGCUGUAAACAGAAGAUGGGACGAUCUUCUUCGAGGAAUCGUCGAGAGACAACGUCAAUUAGAAAACGCUCUUCUCCGUUUAGGCCAAUUCCAACACGCUCUAAACGAACUUCUCGUUUGGAUCAAAAAGACGGACGCAACUUUGGAUGAAUUAAAACCGGUUGCUGGUGAUCCUCAAAUACUCGAAGUUGAAUUAGCGAAACUUAAAGUUUUAAUAAACGAUAUUCAAGCCCAUCAAACCAGUGUUGAUACUUUAAACGAUGCUGGAAGACAAAUCAUUGAAAGUGGAAGGGGUACUGACGAAGCUUCGGUAACUCAAGAAAAAUUAAACACUUUAAAUACUCAAUGGAGAUCUUUAAUGCAAAAAGCAGCCGAUAGGCAAAGAGAAUUAGAGGAUGCAUUAACCGAUGCGCAAAGAUUUAAUGCGGAAAUUCAAGAUCUUUUAAGCUGGUUGGGAGAUGUCGAUGCCAUCAUCGCUGCAAGCAAACCAGUUGGUGGAUUACCAGAAACAGCAACCGAACAACUCGAAAGAUUCAUGGAAGUUUACAACGAAUUGGAAGAAAAUCGCCCGAAAGUUGAAACAGUUUUAGCCCAAGGCCAAGAAUAUUUAAAACGCGGAUCAAACGCAGCUUCAAAUCUUCAACACAACCUAAGAACAUUAAAACAACGUUGGGAUUCGGUAACAGCAAGAGCUAACGAUAAAAAAAUAAAACUAGAAAUUGCUUUGAAAGAAGCGACCGAGUUCCACGAAGCCUUACAAGCCUUCGUCGAUUGGUUAACAAACGCUGAAAAGAUUUUAACAAACCUCAAACCAGUUUCGAGGGUUUUAGACACAGUUCAAUACCAAAUCGAAGAACACAAAGUGUUCCAAAAAGAUGUUAGCGCUCAUCGUGAGGUGAUGUUAAACUUGGAUAAAAAAGGAACGCAUUUGAAAUAUUUCAGUCAAAAACAAGAUGUAAUUUUAAUUAAAAAUUUAUUAAUCAGCGUCCAACAUCGCUGGGAAAGAGUAGCUUCAAAAUCAGCGGAAAGAACUCGCGCUUUAGAUUUGGGAUACAAAGAAUCGAAAGAAUUCCACGAUAUGUGGUCCGGAUUGAUGUCGUGGUUAGAAGAGACCGAAGAAAAUCUCGACGAGUUACUUUCAGAUUCCGUUGGAAAUGAUCCCGAACGCAUCAAAGAACGAUUAGCUAAACACCAAGAAUUCCAAAGAGCUUUAUCAUCAAAACAAGGAACUUACGACAACACCAUGAAAACCGGAAAACUCAUUAAAGAUAAAGCACCAAAAUCCGACGAAAACACAUUAAAACAAAUGUUGAUUGAUCUUAAAAAUAAAUGGACAUCCGUUUGUUCGAAGAGUGUUGAUAGGCAAAGAAAAUUGGAGGAAGCCCUCCUUUAUUCCGGCCAAUUCAAAGACGCCAUCGCAGCUUUAUUAGCUUGGUUAAGAAAAGUCGAAAAAGAUUUAUCUGAAGAUCAACCAGUUCAUGGUGAUUUAGACACUGUUCAUCAUCUUUUAGAUCAACAUCACCGAUUUGAGAAAGAUCUUGAAGGUCGUAAUGAACAAAUGAGAUCCGUGAUGCAAACCGGGCACGAAUUAGAAAUAAAAGCGAGUAAAACCGAUGCUUCCACAAUCAGAAGUCAAUUAACCGAAUUAAACGGAUUAUGGGAUAGCGUUUCGAUGUUAACAAACAGAAAAUCAUCACGCCUUGAAGAAGCUUUACGAGAAGCCGAGAAAUUACACAAAUCAGUUCAUAUGUUGUUAGAAUGGUUGAGCGAAGCUGAAAGAACUUUAAGAUUCGCCGGAAGUACACCAGAAGACGAAGCCACCGCUUAUUCUCAACUUCAAGUUUUGGAGAAAUUCCGCAAAGAUUUACGAGAAAAAGAAUACGAAAAAGACGCAACCUUAGAACUUGCGCAUGGUGUUUUAUCUAAAUCGCAUCCCGACGCUGUUAAUGUAAUUAAAAAUUGGAUAACGGUUAUUCAAUCAAGAUGGGACGAAGUUUCACAAUGGGCUUUGCAAAGACUACAAAAAUUAAAUUCGCAUAUGCAAAGUUUGAAAGACUUAGAUGAUAGCUUGAAAGAGUUGUUGGAUUGGUUGCAAGGAUUAGAAAAUACUUUAUUAGCAUUGAAACGAGAGGAAUUACCGAUGAGUAUACCAGCCACUGAACAAUUAAUCGCCGAUCAUAAAGAAUUUAUGGAGAAUACGCAAGUUAGGCAAGGUGAGGUUGAUAGAAUUUUGAAAGCGAAACAAGUUAAACCUGCUCAACAGCCAAAGGAUCCAAGGAAAUAUGGAAAAAAUAAAGUACCUCUCCGUGGAUCUCAGCAUGAUAUUCGUGAAACUUCACCAGAUAGCUACAAUUCACUGGGCAGAAAGCAAAGCUUCAAAGGAUCACAAAAUUUGUACACUGGAGCUAAAGGAAGCCGUACGAGUCCGGGUAGAGAAAUCAGUCCAGAUCCUCAAGUACCUCAUAUUGGACCAAGAUUCCCACCAACAGGAAGUGCCGAACCAGAAUUUAAAUCAUCAACUGUUAAACUCCUAUACGAUAAAUGGCGUCAUGUUUGGAUGUUAUCAUGGGAAAGACAACGGGAAUUAUACGCCCAUUUGGCUUAUUUAAAAGAAAAAGAAAGGGCUGAGAACUUCUCUUGGGAUGAUUGGCGAAAGAGAUUCUUGAAGUUUAUGAACCACAAAAAAUCAAGAUUAACAGAUUUGUUUAGAAAAAUGGACAAAGAUAACAACGGGUUAAUUCCUCGUGGUGACUUUAUAGAUGGAAUUAUAAAUACCAAAUUUGAUACAAACCGAUUUGAAAUGAAAGAAGUGGCCGAUAUGUUCGAUCGUAACAAUCGCGGUUUAAUCGAUUGGAAAGAAUUUAUAGCGGCUCUUCGUCCAGAUUGGGAGGAAAAGCGUCCGGAUAACGAUGCGCAAAAGAUACACGAUGAAGUGAAACGUUUGGUGAUGUUGUGCACCUGUAGGCAGAAGUUUAGGGUGUUCCAAGUUGGUGAAGGAAAAUACAGGUUUGGGGACAGUCAAAAGUUAAGACUUGUUCGUAUCUUAAGAAGUACGGUAAUGGUAAGAGUUGGAGGUGGAUGGGUCGCGCUGGACGAAUUUUUAUUGAAGAAUGAUCCAUGCCGAGUUAUGUUAGUUUUACCUUUACCCGACCCUGACAAACCUGAGCAGCACGAACCUUGGUGCCCUCUUGGUAAGCCUGCAUGGGUGUUACCACCAAAAAAUAUUUAUUUUAGAAAUAAUCAAAAUAAAAAUCAAAUAAUCAAAAAAUUUUUUGGUUUAAUAAGUAAGUAAAGUUUUAUUUUGGUUAUUUCUAUUGUGGUUGUUGGUUUUUUGGAACGUUAUUCUAAUUAUUUUUUGGUGCAUGGUUUUUUCCGUAAAAACUAACACAAAUGAAUACCACAAAUCGGUGUUUUAUGUGUCUGGGUAUAAAUAAUUUCUUUUAGUUAUAAAUAGUUUCUUUUAGCGGCAAAUUUUU